GUUACUUCAGAUUACUAUACAAUUAUAUACAUUAUAAGUCAUGAUAAUCUUUGGUUUAACUUAGCAAUGGUUUUAUUAAUAUUGCCCUAGAGACUUGUGAAGUGAUCGUGGUUAAUUUGAGUGUUAUAUAAAAUGGAUAAAGGCCGUCUAUGCGCGGUUUGUGGUGAAAAGGCUCAGGGUUAUAAUUUCUGUGCCAUCACCUGUCAGUCGUGUAAAGCAUUCUUCAGGAGAAAUGCUUAUAAUAUUGAGGAAUGGAUUCUUAACGAAGAAGAGAAGUUGUUUCGCAGGAUUCAGAUCGAAGAGAACCGCAGGAAUAAGAGGAAUAAAAUCAAGACAAUCACCGAAUCGACAUUCAGCCCAUCGUCUGAGGGAUCAAAUGACGAAUCAAUGGCCGCCGAAUUGGUGGCCGUCGAGACGGAGGCCGAGACAGAACCGAUGGCAGAGUCAGUGGUGGGCGACGAAGAACUCUGCGAUUACAUCGCAGAACUCGAGAACAUUAUCACUCGGACGGACACAGACAGUCAACUAUCUCUACUAUCAGACACGACAACUGAUUCCGAGACUGGAUUAUCUGUGGAUAAUCGGAAACAUAUUGAGACAAUUAUCGCCUCAAUGGACGCCGAAGAACCCGUAGAAGUGAACGACGAGAAUAUCGUAGACUAUAUGCACAGAAUGGCCGCCGAAUCGUUGCGAAACCAAUUGAAUUCAUUCAUAUAUUCAAACUGUUUCACGGGUUUUGAGUGCCGCCGAUUGGCCGAACUCUCGGCGCUGGAGAUGUUUCGCUACAUUCCGGGCCCCAAACGGCUCAUACAUGUGGUGCUCAACUCCAAGGAUCAGUUGAUGGAGAUAUCGGCCAAGAAUUUUGAUAAGUCUGUCAUCAAACUGGUGGAGAAGACCAAACAGUUGUCGGCCUUCCAGAGUCUGGGUCUUAACGACCAGAUCGCCCUGGUCAAAUACAGUUGCAUCGAGAUACAAUUGCUCAAGUUUGGCCUAUUCUAUCGCCAUGAAAAUGACUCCUAUAUUGUCGAUCUGGACAAAAACAAAUCAUUAGUGUUGACGUCGGAACUGUUUAAAGGCUUCAAACUCAAUAUGUAUAGACUGUUGAAAGAGUUUACGGAAGUAUUUGCCAAUGAUUUAUGUUCAGACCUACAUAUACUCGAACUGUUAAUGCCUAUACUGUUGUUCAAUCCCGAGAGACCAAACAUUGAACAGAAAGAUAGUGUCGAACUUCAACACCAAUUAUACCUGUAUUUACUCGAGAGAUAUCUACGGGUGAGGUAUGGGUCGGAAUGCGAGACAAAGAUCACCAAAAUAUGGCAGAUAUUGCGUGAGAUUCAAGAGAUGCGAGAAUUGCAUAAACAAAACUUUCGGGAACUAAAGGCCGAACUCUGCGGUCCAUUACUCAAAGAGAUACUCGACUUACCAUCAAAUAAUAUCAGCACAUAUUAAAUGAACCAUGCUCAUUGGUCAUCAUCACGGUCCAUCACAUAACCAUUUAUCAAUCCAU